AUGGAAUCACAUGCGAUUCUUCAACGAGAAGGGUUUGAUGUCAGUUCUUAUGGUACUGGCAGUAACGUCAAGCUCCCCGGGCCAAGUAUACGAGAACCCAAUGUUUAUAAAUUCGGCACUCCUUACAAAUACAUGUUCGAAGAGCUUCAAGGCAAAGACCCUGAGCUGUAUAAAAGAAAUGGCAUCCUAAGAAUGCUGAAGCGAAAUCUUGCGGUCAAGGAAGCUCCUCAAAAGUGGCAGGACAAUGCCGCUGACGGUCCCUUCGAUGUCGUGAUUACAUUUGAGGAGCGAGUUUUUGACAUGGUCAUUGAAGACAUGUUUGCUCGGGAGCGUACACUACAUCAAGCGGCACUGGUCAUCAACCUUGAAGUUAGAGAUACGCACGAAGAAGCAGCGUCUGGGGCAGAAGCGGCUCUACGACUGUGUAGGAUGCUGGAAGACCUCACAAGUUGGGAGGAUGAAGUUGAGUUCGCGGUUCCCGCCACGCGGAAGACUCCGCCGAUCGGCCCGGAUUAUCAGGCGGAUAUUCCGGAACCGCUUUCCUCUCCACACCGUCUGAUGCCGGCCGAAGAAAGCUUAUGGAAGAUCGCUCCGGAAGAUGGCGCAUGCGGCGAGGUCGGGGUUUGCUGCGAAGGAGGCACGUCUGAUGCUGAGCUGGCAUGGGAAGCGAAGUGGCUCGGCACGCAAGUCUGGCCGGACCUAGCCCGGUCCAGGAGGGUCGGGAGAGGCGCAGGCAAGGGGAACCCGUACCUGAGGCUCGGAGGGACGUUGGCUGCUUCGGCGGGUGGCAAGGUCAACUGGCACGUGCCUCGGGGUACGCUUGGCGCCGCGGAUCAUGAUGGUGACAAUAAAGGAGGUGACACUAACGAAGAUGCUGGUAUUACCGAUGGCGAGUUAGUGUUGGAGGGAGGAGAGGGAGGUGAUAGCGUCGCUGCUCCGUUGGUUUUAUCAGCUGCUGUUCCUGAUGUUGGCUUGAAUGACUCUCGCGGUAAUAUCGAUGGCGGCUCCGCUUCCGCUCCAAGCGAUUGCGACGCGGCUUCUAACGUCGCAACAGACAGUGUCGCAGCGAGCAAUGUCACGUCUCGUGACAGUGACUCCACGUCGCCGGCAGCUGGAGGUUCGUCGCAUGGCGCUCAAGAAGUCGCAGGGUCUGUCGCACAGAACUGCAGCGAAAUCGCAGGAUCCGUCGCAUCAUCCGUGGCGACCCAGGAGGCCGAAACUCUCGCUCAAUCUGCUGCCGCCCGAUCACAGCCCCCUUCCGCAUCACUCCGCAAUCUCGACGAACCAGAACCCGCCACGUGGCAACAGCAAGAGCAUCAUCACCACCAUCACCACCCCCUCUCCCCUCAAGAACCCCCCUUCCCCUCCCACCGCCAGCCUUCCCGCGCGAUCCCCCACGCCUCCCGCCACGAUCUGCUGCGCGUUCCGCCGGGCGCGUGCGCGGCGUGCGGGGCGGACAAGGCGGGGUCCGCGGACUGCGUGCGCGCGCACUGCCACGAGGCGGACGAGGAUCUCGAGGCGGAGCUGGGGCCCGCCGCGUAUCACGCGCUGGGGCUGGCGGACAUGGGGGAGAAGGUCGCGGAGGGGUGGAGCCCCGAAGAAAUAGAGCUUUUCCUGACUAUUGUCGAGCUUUACCCGCAGAGCAAGGGUCUAGACUUCUGGGGGCCGCUAAAACGGGCGUUUGCGUCUGCUGGAGGGGCGGAGGGGGAAGCCGCGGGGGAGGGCGCGGGGGAGGGCGCGGGGGAGGGCGCGGGGGAAGGUGGGGGGAUACUAGCGGGGAUGGGGAUGUGCGCGGAGGGGCGGAGGAGGAGGCGCGUGCGGAGUGUGAAGGAGCUUGUGAGCUUCUAUUUCAAUGUGUUUGUGCUGAGGAGACGGGCCCUGCAGAAUAGGAUUCCGGGCAUGGAGGCCGAUUCAGAUGAUGAUGAGACGGAAUUGGUGGUGGAAGAGGAGGAGGAGGAGGGGGAAGGGGAGGAGGGGGAUGAGGGGGAGAGAGAGGGUGGGAGAGUGCAUGGAAAGGGGUUGAUUCUGGGUCAGCAGAUGCAGGAGGGAGGAGAGGGAGGGGUGGUGGGGGGAGGUGAGGAGGAUUAUGAGGAGGAGGAUGAGGAGGAAGAAGAGGAGGAAGAAGAGGAAGAUGAAGAGGAGGGGGAUGGAGAGGAGGAGAUGGGAGGUGGGUUUGUUGAGUAUGGAGUGAGAGUCCAGGGUUUUGGUGCAGUAGAAAGUGGUGCUGCGGUGGAAGUGGUGGUGGAAGAGGAGGGAGAGGAGGAUGAGGAGGAAGAAGAGGAGGAGGGGGAUGACGACAGAGGGGAUGAUGAUGGCUCGUUUGAUUAUGGAGGUGGGAGAUAUGGAAUGCAGGGCGGAAUGGGGCUUAGCGAACGUGGGGAAGUGGGGGAGGAGGAGGAGGAAGACGAUUGUGUGAGUGGGGAAGAAGAGGUGGGAGACGAUGAGGAGGAGGAAGAGGAGUGUGUGAGUGGGGAGGAAGAGGACGAGGGAGAUGACGCCGAGGAGGAGGAAGAGGAGGGGGGAGAGGAGGAGGGAGAGGGAGACGAGCAGGCGAUGCGGCAGUAUGGGGAGAUGCAAGGGAGGAACAUGCAAGGGAGGAAGAGGCGACAUGUUCUCAUCACCAUGAAUGGCUCGGUACUGGCUCGCCCCGUUGCUGCUGCUGGGGGGCCAGGGUGGGAGGACGGGGCAGUAAACCGUGCAGGAGACGGGGAAGCAACGGUGGUGAGCAGUGCUGUCAUGGGGGAACAACUUGUGGGAAUGGAGCGAGCAGUUAGAUUGGAGCAGGUGGAUAUGCAGCUGCAGGGGAGGUCGAGAGGAGAAGAGUUGGCUGCACAACAGUUGAACCGUGACUCGAAGACGGUUCAUGUUUCAAGUGGACAUGGGAAUAGGUUACCGGGUCAGUUCAAGGCUCCAGCCGACCGUCCGCACAGGGUGAAGGUGAAGCGCGUACAUGGGAACAUGGACACGGGCACGGACACGUUAGCAGCACAUGUUGACACGUCAGUAGCGCACUUCCACUCGAUACCUGCAGAUGGUUCCAGGAAACGCGCUAGAGAGGAAGUGGAUCUUCCAGCAAUAUCAGCAGCAGCAGCAGCAAACGCAGCGGAUGCUGCUACUGCGUACACGAUUGACAAUACCGCUUAUCUUUCAGGCUGCUCCCCUGCAAACUCUCCUGCUCUUCCAUCCGCUGCUGCACUCACAGACCCAUCCGCACUCACAUAUGCCUCCGCACCUUCCCAGAAGCAGCACGUGUAUGCCCCCAGCUCCCCAGGCGGUCUCAUGCACUCAGGUGCCUCUGCAGCUGCUGAUUCCUGGAUUAUCAACCACAGCCCCAGUCCCAGCCCUGCACACAAACCCACGUCUCCAUCAGCAACAGUAGGAGCGGGAGUGAACGGUGGGAGUACCCUUUGCAACACCUUUGGUGGAUGCAGCAGCAGCAUUAGCAGUGGGUUCGGCGGUACCUCGUUUGGUUCGGUUGCUCCGGGCCUGUUCGGGGGAGGUUCGGAGCUGUACGGGCCUCCGCUGAGCCCGUUCCCGCACCUGUCCUCCUUCCCGUCGCCCUCCUUGCCCUCCUCCUUCCCCUCUCCAUCCCUCACUCUCCCCUCCCCUUCCUAUACCAUGUCUCCAACCCCGUACACUUUAGCAGCAGCGCCGUACAGCUCACCUGCUCACCAUAUAGCUGCUACACCUAAUGUGUUGUCUUCAGCUGCUGAUACACCAGCAUCCGAUACAAACACACAUGUUACCGCUUCAGAUGUUACCCCAUCGAAUGUCACAGCGCCGAGUGUUACAACUUCUGGUUACUGCAUAGGGCAGGAGUUUCCCAAAGAAGGAUCUGCAGUGGGGACUGAGGUGGUUGCUGGUAUGGGGGAAAGGUUAGGGAGUGAGAGGCUAGGGAGUGAGAGCAGCAGGCAGGUGGAGGAGUGGAUGGAUGUUGAGAUGGGUGCAGAGGCAGGAACGACUUUUGAAUCGACAACUCACAAAAUGGGUUCAGAUGCAGAGGUAGGACGAGAAGUGCAAGCAGCAGGCGCUGCUGACGUGGCUGCUGCCAGCCUGGCGAAUGUCUAUGCUUGUGAUGGGAGCAGGGGAGCGGAAAACCUUGGGAUUGUACCUGCUGCUGCUGCAUCCCUAGGUGCAGGUGCAGAGCCGUCUAUACACGGCAGCAAUAUGGCAUCGGCGAAAGCGAUCGCUACUCGCCCUGCGAUCAAAUCCGGCUCCGAUGGCGGAUUCGGGGGGAGCUGCGGCGGAUUUAGCUCCGCGGAUCGCGCAGCCAAGGCGGGGAAUCGCGCGCAGCUGGCGGCGGUGUUCCGCGCUUACGGCCGCCUGCGCGCGGCUCUGCAGCGGCGGAGAGGCGACGGCGGAGAGCCGCCGGGCGCGGAUAAAGACAUUCAGGCGGCGUUCUUCGCGAUGCUGGACGCGGCUCAAGGUGCAUGCCGCUUAAGAUUCGGUAUAGGAGUAGCAGCAGGCCUCAUCCCGCGCUAUGCGCGCUUCUGCCCCUCGGGAUUGCCGGACGCGGCGCAGACGCUCAUGCAGCUGGCGGACUGGUGCGUGGCGGAGCUGCAGCAGCGCCAGGGUGACGCGGGGGAGGGGGAACCGGGGGAAGCGGGGGAGGCGGGGGAGGCGGGGGAGGGGAGAGGCGCACUGGGGGAAGCGGGGGAGGGGAGUGGCGCACAGGGGGAAAGGGCGGAGGGGAAAGCCGGGCAGGGGGAAGGGGGAGUGCAGGGGCAGCAGGGGGAGUCAGGGGCGCGUGAGAAAGCAGGUGGAGGGGAAGCAGCAGGAGGGGCAGCAAAGGAAGAAGGGUCAGGUAUGGAAGCAGACACGACUGCUGCUCCUGCUGUUGCUGCUGCCCCUGGUACAGGGGAUGGUGCAGGUGCAGCAGGUGGCAGUUCAAGGAGGGACGCUGGUACAGGAGAAGCAACAGCAGCAGCUGAAGCAGGAACAGCAGCAGCAGCAGCAGCAGCAGCAGCAGCUGGUGGUGGUGGUGCCAGCUCCACCACCAAAACCACUUCCUCCUCCUCAACCAAAGCAGCAUGCCGGCGUAAUCUAGGCCCGCCGCCCGACGACACCAAGGUCAUCAUGGCCACGGUGCGGUCGGCGUUUCUUGGCCUGGCGUCUAUCCUGGCUGUAGCGGCGGCUGCCGCGUCUGCUACAGCCCCCUCCUCCCGCACCUCUGCCCCGGCGUAUCUCUCUUCGGCAGUCUCUCGGGAUGUGGCCCGGCUUUUAGCAGGAAAUGGAGUGGCAGCACCAGCUGAGGGAAAGCGGGGGGGUUCUCCUGAAACCGGCUUGUUAUACGAUGCAGAAAGGAGCCGAACGGGGGGCAGCAGCACUGCAGUAGGCUUACCACCAGACCUAGGUUCGGAGGACGGAGGCCUGGAGCUGACCGCAGGUCCGGAUCUAGCCUCGGUAAAGCAGAUCGUGGCAGCGGCGGUGGUUCGGGCAAUGCAGUUACAGCCAGAGGCAAUGCUGGGGGCGGCGAUAGAGCAGGCACGGACGGGGGGGUGUGGAGGGGUUGGGAGGGGUGGUGGUGAGAGACAGAGGGGUAAGCAGGCGAUUUCGUUUCUGCUGCAGGUGACUGCUGCUCGGGAGGUGGUGGGAGGGGAGGGGGAGUGGGAGAGUAAGGAGGGCAGGAAGGGUAAGAGAGCAAAGGUGGGUGAGAAAGAGGAGAAAGAGACGGAAAGGAAGAAGGAAAGGGAGAAGAAGACCAAGGAUGAAUUGGGGGAUGAAGGGAUAGAGAUGAAGGAAGGAGAUGAGAAAGACAACAAGAGAAAGGGGGGAGAGGAGGGAGGAGAGAGAGGGGUAGCAGCAGCAGAUGAGAGUGAGAAGGAGGCUCGUGGUGGUGAUGGUGAUGAAGGUGAUGAGGGGAGUGGUCUGAGGAAGGAGAAGAUGGAAAAAGCAGAGGCGGAGGAGAAAGUGGGGGAAGAGGCAGAAGGGAGUGCACCAAAGAAGGUGUGUAAGGAAGAGAAGGAUGAAGAGAGGGAGGAAAGGGAGGGCAGGGAAGAAAGGGAAGGGAGGGAGGAAAAGGAGGGGAGAGAGGAGUUUGGGGUACAAGGGGAGACGGGCAAGGAGGAGAGUGCCAGGAGCAACAGGAAGAGGGCGCAGGAGCAAUCAAGCAUGGCGUUCCAAGCCUUGGAUGGACGUCCGGAGUCGCUUCGGUGGCUAGCUGCGGUGCUGCAGCAGGUUCGGCGGAGUGGCUCGGCAGCGAUAGACUCGCUUGGGGAUGCCUGGAACCCCCUACAGACGCUGCUAGGUGUAUCUGGGUGGUCGUGGGACGGGGAGGUGUUUACUGUGACGCGCUUUCUGGAGCUCACCUUUUGCUCCGAGGCAGGGGCGCCUGUCCCGGUGGAGGGCGUAUCUGGGGAAGGUCACAGGACGGUUCUGCGGUCCCUCUUUGAGAAAUUUGGCCCGGUGGAUGAGGUGGUGGUGGUGGUGGGCGACGGGGUAGGUGGAACUGGGGUAGGUACAUCUGGGGGGGGGUUCGGAGGGGGUGUUGGUGGAGGGGAGGAGCGGGAUGGGUUGGGGGGAGGGGGAGGCGGAGGGGGGAGAGGAGGGUAG